GCCAGGGGCAGAAGUGGCUUUCUUCGCCUUCUGCCCGCUGAUUCUUCUGGACGGCUGCUAGCUGAUUGAGUCAGGUUGUUCUUCUACGACGGUUGACCAGCGACGAUGGGUAAUCUGCAGCAGGCGAUGGCACCAGCCGCACAGCAGGGGGAUGGUGGUGACGGCCAGCAGCAGGGACAGCAACGAGGAUGGCUGUGUAAGCCAAUAGGAACAAAUCUCAUGAGAUUGUCUCACUAUGGAUACACAUGACGUGCUGUGUUGUGUUGUGUGUACGUGUGUUCGCUCCUCCCUCUGUUUGCCUUGCUUGUGUGAUGGCUGCAGCUCAGUUGAGUGGUGUCUUCAUGCAGAUCGUCAUGAUGCACAUGAUCUUCAACAUGUUCAUGGGCGGCAACAAGAGGCCGCCCGCCGAUCCCAAGACAGGCAAACCCAUCGCGCCGCUGGACAACUACUUCCCGCCAUCCACCAAAUUCGUAAGACCAACAGACAGAACAGACUCACACACGCAGACACACACACUCAGCAGCGGAUGAAGCAUCUUUCCCCUCCCAACCGGUUGUCUUGUCAGGACCUCUUUGUUCACGUGUCCAAGACACCGAACAACUCAUGGACGGCCCUCACUCGCGAUGCCGAACUGGUGUGGUCGCUCCCGUCCCUGACGUACGACAAGUCCACGUCGUGGCGGUGGCGGCGGAGUGAGGAGGAUAUCGCCAAGAACUCCGUCAACUAUACAUUCGUGCCAACAGAGGGCAUGCUGGCCGGCAACGAGAGUCUCUAUGUCACCCUCACUGCCUUCCCGCACUUCCUCGAUUUGGUGCCUGACAAGGACGUCGAUGAGGUCGAAGAACUCGAGAAACACAAGGUAGGUGGGCAGGUGCAGUGCAGACUCAUGCAGAGAGCCACAUGGUUUGUCUGUGUGUGCGCUUUGACUGUGUCGUCAGAUCGUCAAUGCGUCCGCGCCUCUGACGGUCAAGAUGGAGCCCUUUUCGGCUGAGGAGCUGCAGUCGCUGGUGGGCGGUAGCGAGUUCGACAUGAUGGAGAUGGAGCGGCAGAACAGGGAGAAGGAGAAGGAGGGUGCGGACGAGAAGGGCAAGAAGAAGAAACCCAAGGAGGAGACCAUGCACCUCAAGAAACGCCUCGACCUGCGCAUCGUAUUUGACACCACCAAACACGACCUCCAGAGCCUCAACACGGGGCCCUUCAAAGGUGUGGACCGCAUUCAAACAACUAACUCACCGGAGGCAAAAGAUGGAUGUGGUAUGUUCCUUCCUGUUUGUUUUCUCGCUUCAUCCGUGUAGCCAUUCGUCGUCACCUGUCUGCUGGGGUGUACCACCCCGUGCUGUAUCCGAGCGACUUUUGGCUGCUUGAAAAGGACUACGUCCCGCUGAACGACACACUCAAGGUGACUGACGCGCAAACAAACAGACUGACACAGCAGCGUGCACGCAAGCACCUGUGUAUGUGUCUUGUCAGGGUGAGCCCUUGACGGUGACCUUCACUUGGGACGUGAUAUCGGCCUGGCUGUGGUCGAUAGAGGUCCAGAUGACAGACACAUGGUCAAUGCAGUCACAAUGGGGUGAGUCAGCCCCAGCCAGCCAGCCAGCGCCAGCAACAGUGUGCAUCGGUGAUAUGUGCUCGCUCCGUAUAUGUCACUCUCUGUUCAGGCAUGCACACGCGGCGGGAGUCUUUCAUGCUCAAGGUGGGCAGGCUGACGACAUCUACGAUGACAGAAGAUCGUCUGCCUGGCUUCUUGCGUGUGUGCAGCGCAUCAUAAUGGAGACUAACCCCUACAUGCUGCUCUUCUCGGCCCUGUUCAUCCUCCUCCACACACUCUUCUCUAUGCUGGCGUUCAAAAACGGUACACACACACACACACACUCAGGCACGCACGAAUCGCGAUCACAUCAUGUGUUCCUGGUGUGUGCCUGCCUUUACCCACGCACGCGACAGAUAUACAGUUUUGGUAUUCGGUGGAGUCGAUGCAGGGGCUGUCGGCUCUGUCGAUCCUGAUAUCGUUCGUCUGUGAGGUCAUCAUCGGGCUGUACCUGCUGGACUCGCAAGACACCUCCUGGCUGAUCCUGUUUGAGAUCUUCCUGGGCAUCGCCAUCGAGGGCUGGAAGCUCACCAAGGCCGUCAAGGUCACCCUGCACAAGGAGUUCCCAUUCGUCACUUUCGAGGAUGCCAAGGUCAUACCAGAGAGAGAGUCGUACACAUCCACGCCUACGUUCGUGUGUGUAUGGCAGCAAUACGCAGAGUCCAAGACCAAGGAGUACGAUGAACUCGCCAUCAAGUACAUGACCGUCGCCCUGUCGCCAUGCGUAAGGGAGAGCAACCAGACACAGAGCACGCGUGGGUGCAUGAUGUAUUUAUUGGUCUUUCUGUCACCUUCCUUGAUGCGAUGCGUCUGGACAGAUGAUCGGCUACGCCAUCUAUUCGCUAUACAAGUAUAAAUUCAAGUCAUGGUACUCAUACAUCAUAUCGGUCCUCGCCGGCACCGUCUACACCUUCGGUAAGCGCCAGCCUCGUCAGUCAGCACAGGCAGGCAGCACAACCGAUGUCAGUGUAUAGGUGUGUGUCCAUUUGUGUGUGUGGUGCGGUCUGUAUGUGAAGGUUUCAUCAUGAUGACGCCCCAGCUGUACAUCAACUACCGGCUCAAAUCGGUGGAGCACCUGCCCUGGAAGGCACUCAUCUACAAGUAGGGCACCGUGCGCCGAGCGCCCGCAUACAAAUGUAUGUGCCUAUGCCGCCUCGUCGCAUGAUGUCCGUCUCUCUGUGCAGGGCCUUGAACACCUUUGUGGACGACAUAGCGGCCUUCAUCAUCGACAUGCCCUGGAUGCACAGACUCGCCUGCUUCAGAAACGGUACCUAAGCCAUCUCGCAACACCCCCACACACGCGUGCUGCACACGUCAUCCUUUUGUCUGUGUACGCCACCUCUCUGCUGCAUGCAGAUGUGAUCUUCCUGAUCUAUUGCUACCAGCGGUGGAUCUAUCGCGUCGACAAGACGCGGCCCACUGCAUGGAAGGAAGGGACGGACCCCAACGCACAACAAGCCAACAAUGCAGGUACAAACGUACCCACCCAAGACGCAUAUACACGCGACGGCCUUGCAACCACUGACUGUCCCGCCGUGAUGUGUUCAGAGGGCGCGCCACUGCUGAACGGGACGGCUCCCGCAACUGCAGCCGAUGCAGCCGAUGGCGACACGAGGGGCGAGGCAGCUGCUGCGGCCAGUGCUGGUGCUGACGGUGAGGGUGCCACCACGACGCCUUCCACCACCACCCCCACAGCAGUGCCCGACGACCCCACAACCACACAAGGUGGGAGAGAGCACUCGAAUGAAGGGGACUUCUGGACAAUGCAUAAACCAUUCAUGGUAUACGAGUGUGUAUCUGUCUGUGUGCAGGUCUGAAGGAGAGAAAGAAGGCCGACACCGGAUAAGGCAUCGAGGCUUCCAUCAUGGAUACCUACCUGUGUCCACGGCUGGUCGUUUCUGGUCUCGCCAACUCAUUCAUGAUUUUGACGUUGAUGAGUAGGCAGGCGAGGCACACAGCGUCUCUCUCGAGUAUCGAAGCGAUGGUUUUGACGCUACCUGUGUGUGUGUGUCGAGUGCCAUCUAUCGAUGGCUUGCACGCUCUCUCUGCGUUUUUAAGGAUGCUGUGUGUGCUGUGUACAGAACAGACAGAGGGGCUUGCCGCGUGCAUGUCGGUCGGCUAUGCCGUGCUGUGCUGCCGUGUCGAUGCGAUGGUGUGUGUGUGUGUGUGUGUCACAUAUGUGUAUCGAUAUCGGUAUUGCUGCUUGUCGGAUGACGCCUUUAUGCUACCUACACUUUUGUGAAGACUGGCCACCUACUUACUUACAUCAAUGAAUGCAUUCAUUCACGUGUGUGUGUAUGUAUUGUUGCAAUC